GCGAGCGCAGCUCGGGGAACCGGUGUAAGGCGACGCCAUUUCAUUUGGCCGGCUGCGAAAACUGUUCCCCAUGGCUGUAGCUGAGUCCGGCUCCUUACACACCGGGCCCGGUGGAACCGUGUUCUGGGUACUGGCGGUGGAACGGUAUCUUCUGGGCGAGCCCGGAUCCAGCCGUUAUGACUUGACCCUUUGCAGGGAAGGGAACGGGGAGCGGGCCCCGCUGAAAUGUUUACUGUCUCCACAACUGAACCGUUUGGUGCAGAGAAACUUGCUGCACUCGGGCUGCCAGCUCAGGGCGAGCCGCUUCUCGGUGCUGACGGACGGGCUGAGGGUGCUGGAGAGAGCUGAGGUGCUGAGGGGAGCCGCUCCUCCAACCGUUUGUGUCGCCGUCCUGCCCGUCCCGCGCCCUUUGCUCUGCUGCACCAAGUACUACCUGCCUCUCUGGGAGGAGAGUGACUAUUAUGGAGAGGAGUGGAUUGAGGAAACCUGCAGUCAGGAGCUUGUCAACCUGGAAGGUCUGAGGAUAAUUACACUAAAGGAGUUAGAAAAUACCUGGAGAGGAAGGUUGAAAUUGGCUCCACUGUUGGUGAGAAUAAUGUAUAAAUCCAGAUUACGGCAUUAUGGACGAGCUGGCAAGAACGUUGAUUGGCCCUAUCAGGCUUACUUUGAAGUUGGUGACUGUUCAGGUAUGAUGUCAAUGGUUCUAUGGAACUCCUUAUGCCCAAGAUUCUUUAGGAGUUUAGAGGUUGGAACAGUAAUAUUUAUACAGCAGUACGUUGUGAAGGAUGCAUUUCGGAUGAGAACACAUCCUGUUUUGUACUACCCCAACUUAAAAAUCUAUAAAGAACAAGAUAUUUCUUUGAACCCUUGGAAAUCUGCAGCCGCAAUUAAGAUUAUUCCACCAAAACAAGUUCAGGCUGAGUGGAGGCUUCCUGAUAUUACGUAUCGUUUUAUUACAAGGUAUCUAUUGGAUACUGUCCCUGACACCUAUGUUUGUGAUGUCAUAGGCCUUGUCACUUUUGUUGGCAGAUGUGAAAGAAUCAGAAAAAAGGAAGACGGUGAUGAUUUUUGGGUUCGACGAUUUGUUGAGAUGGUAGAUGAAACUAGUGCAAAACCAUUUAUUCUGGAACUUUAUUGCACUUCCCAACCAGAAAUUUACAAUCAACUUCAUCCAGUGACUUUCUUAGUGUGCACUCAGAUGAGGGUUGUCAGGAACAAAUUCCAUAACGGAUGUAGCAUUGCAUAUUUGACUUCAUCCAGUGAGACUCAGAUCUAUAUCACAGGUUAUCACAAGGGAAGACCAUACACAACUGACACUAGAGUCAAAAGAUUUAUUCAGUGGGCAAAAGCACAACAUGAGAGAUAUUUUCAGAAAAUAUCUGUGGUUGGAGGAUAUUAUUCAUUUCCCCCCUUGCCUUCAAGCUUCCAGGACUACAGUCAAAACAUGAAAGAGGUCACUCUCACAUCACUGCAAGAGUUCAAGGAAAAAGUAGAAAGUUUGCAUUAUAGGGAGCAUAAGCAUAUAGUUAUUCAAGGAAUCAUUACUGCUGUCAAAUAUACUAUGCACACCAUGUCCAUUGGAUAUUUAAUAGACAAGAAACCAAUUCAGCCCGUACAGACUGAAAAAGCAGAUAAUGAGCUAGACAGAUACACAUCUAAUGAAUAUAAAGCCAAAGUGACUAAUAACCAGUCAUCAAGACAGGAUUAUUUACAUAACUUCAGUAAGACCUUUCAAAGUUUCGGACAAAUAUUGGAGCCUGAAGAAGUUAUGUGCCUUGCAAAAGAUCAAUACAACCUUAGAUCCAGAAAAUAUGAGCCCAUUCAGACAUCCACCAUGAAAACUUCUGCUCCUGAUCUUGAUCCAAGUUUAUUGUCUGAUAGUGAAGAAACAGAAGAUGAAUAUUUCACUGCUGAUGAAGAUAUCUACGAAAUGGAUGGAGUUGCAAACUCCAAACCUUUGAAUUGCUCGUGGGAAAGUUCGAAGUGGUCAGAGAUUAAAAGUCAUGUGAAAGAAUUCUUGUCAUUUGGCCACCUGCUUCCUGAAAGUUGUCCCCAAAAGUUUGAGUAUGCAAAAAAGGAAGCAAUAAUGAGCCAGCAUAACCUUCAUCCUUCGAGAUAUGACUCAUAUCUGCUUGAUUCCUCCAAUAAUGUUAGAGAUGUUGCCAGUGCUUGGAGUGAUGGUUAUUAUACAUUGACCAUUGUUGAUCUAAUCAUGGGAACAGUAUCAGAGCUAAAUGGAAAACAUUUCCUGUGCACUUUGGAUCUUUACCAUCAUGGGAAUGAUCAAACAGAGGUUAUUUUAAGCAGAGCUUAUGAAAAGAGCUAACAGUUUUGAAGCAACUGACAGCCUACAUUUCUAUAGUG